GAAGAAAGGGCGGGGUUUCACCUCACCCAACGCUGAUCGCUGGGCCUGCAAGGGAUGAUUCAAUCCCGCAGAAGCUCCUUUCUUUUGAAGCGGUAAGAACGAUGCAUCUCGAGUGCUGCAGUAGAUAGGUCAUUCCAAGAAAGGCGAUGUGCAUCUACCUACUGUCUCAGUAGUUUCGCCCGCCCGACUCGGAUACGAGCCCGGCACAGCGCAAACGAAUGAAAACGAUGAUCUCUGCAGAUAAAAAGGAAUGCAAGUGUCGGACGCAUGCAUACGGAGUAUUGGACUCAGAUCGGCCACCUCACCGCUUAACUGCCAUGGCAAAAUACUUUUUCCCCCUGGUGCCGGGGGGUUGUCAGCUUCACCAGAGUCCUGCUCCGUGUACCGGGAUUCACGGCACCUCGAGGGUCGGCAGAAGGUCUUCCGUGACGGCGUUCUUUACCAGUCCUUGUCCGUUCUUUUGCUGCUCGCCUGAACCACUGGUGACCGGCAUCGAGCAUUGUUUGGACCCGCUCAACGGAGACAUUAUGGCGGUUGGGCUGGCUGAACCUGCAAUGGACGAGAAAUCGCUGGACCAAGACCGAGACAAUUGGCACCACAACAAAUGCAAGGUGUAUUACGAUUCACCAUCAAGUUGAAGCAGUGCAAAGAAUGAACCAGGGGCGUGUUUUCUCGCAGGGGCCCCGUUCCCGUCUUGUCAUAAAAUGGCACUCCAGGCCAGAUCAACGCGCAUUCUUCAGCCUGCAGGUCGCCGUGCAUGCAGGCGAGGUCUCGUGGUGCGAUAGUACCUGGGCAAAGAACACCUCUGCUUGCUUCGUAGUUCUGAAGAUAUCUUGAGGCCAGUGUCACGUCACACAUGUACGUGCAAACGACGCACCAAACGGCCCAUGACAUAUUUUCUUCUUCAAGUCCCUCCUGUUUAUGGAAUUGAGGUGUGGACACGGCAAUAAUUGGCCUGCUCCUUUGCCGAAGAGGGGAAUGAAGCGGAAGUGACAAGGGGCAGACUGACGGCGGCUUCUUUUCCAAUAUUGGC